UGCACAGAAAGCAGGAAGGAAGGGAGGAACGAACCCUGGGUACAAAAGUACAACCCAACCAAAAGGGGGAAUAAAUAAAAACGACAGUUUCAUGCUUUGUCCUCCUCUCCCAUUUCUCAUCUCAUCCUCUCCGUUUACGCACACAAUCCCGAUUCCCUUUUCACAGCAAACCCCCAAACCCAAACCCUUACCCUCACUCUCCCCAAAAGCAUGUUAAACUGAUUUUACAUUUCCCAAAUCCCAUAUCAAACUCCUCGAUUUCACAUCCGUUACUUGUAUACGGAUACGCCUCAGCUGGUGUAUACAGAGAGAUAUGGACUACCAAGGGCAGCAGGAACAGGAGGACGACGUUUACGGUGGUGACUUGCCUGAGGAAGCCUACAUGGAGUCGGAUUUUGACUCAUCUGCUGAUGCUGACGCCGCCGCCGCCGCCGCCGCUGCUGACGACAAAGCUAAGGAGCUGGAGAAUAUGAAGAAGAGGUUGCAGGAGAUUGAGGAACAAGCUGGGGCGCUUCGGGAAAUGCAGGCGAAGGUCGAGAAAGAGAUUGGCGGCGCGGCUCCAGAAGAUUCAACUGGUGCUUCUGCUGCCCAGGCUGAAAAGGAGGAGGUUGAUUCGCGUUCCAUAUAUGUUGGUAAUGUGGACUAUGCAUGCACACCUGAGGAGGUGCAACAGCAUUUUCAAUCUUGUGGGACUGUGAACAGGGUCACUAUCUUGACAGAUAAGUAUGGGCAGCCCAAAGGUUUUGCUUAUGUAGAGUUUGUCGAAGUUGAGGCUGUUCAAAAUGCUUUACUGCUGAACGAGUCAGAGUUGCAUGGCCGCCAGCUAAAGGUGUCUGCUAAGCGAACUAAUAUUCCUGGAAUGAAGCAAUAUCGAGGGAGACGUCCAAAUCCAUACUUUGGGUCGGGAAGGCCUUUUAUGCCUGGGCCUCCAUUCUACUCUCCUUACAGUUACGGGAGGGUUCCAAGGUUUAGGCGUCCAAUGCGCUACAGGCCGUAUUGAUGAACAUUUCCCAGUCGCCGGCAUGCUUUAGAUAGUGCAAACACUUGCAAUUUAUGCUCACAUACUACAUCCUUUCACUAAAAACAUUUGAUUCAGGAGGCAUGCCAAUAGGCCAAAUUUAGUUUGAUAUUUGAAACUCGUUGCAACUCUAGUUGGAAAAUGUUGUGCUAUUAGCUGCAUGCAAUUAUAACUUGAUAUAGGAAAUUAAAGAAAGCAAAUAGCCAGUUUUAUUGCAUUAUAUUCAAAGUUUCUUCUCCUA